ACGUAUAGUCUAAUGGGUAGGAUUCCAAUAACGGAAUGGCGCAAAUACCGGUAACGAUGUGUGAGUGAACAAUUUGGAAGUGGUGCUCCAUGAUGGGAAGUGAAUUGAUUAAUUUUGUAGAAGCUCUAAACGGCUGCAUUUCUGGAAGUUAUCUGAUUAAAGACAGCGAGGCUAAAAGAAAUGUCACUAAUAUUAGAGGAUAUUUUGAAGUUGAGCGAACGAGGACGGAUUUGGAUGGAGCAUUUGCAACUUUGUUUGACAAGAAGACAGGAAUUCUACCAUUUAUUCAGAGAGCAAUGAAACAAGAUUCCUUCGUUGUUUCCAUCAAGGAAUCAUUUCUAUUGCUCAAAGAGUUAAUUGAUUUCUUCAAAGAAAGAAUGUCAUGCCAUGUUCUCCGAAUUAAGGAUUUAUGCAAGACUUGCAUAUUACUGGAUAAAAAAGCAGAAGAAAAAGAUAAAGCAUUUGAUGUGUUGCAAUCUAUCCUGGAAAAUGGACCAUGGAGUGAUGAUCUAAAUGUAAAUGAACUCUUCGACAAGCUGAUUGACCCAUUCAAGAAUAACAAAAGCAAUGUAAUGCCAGCUAAAGUCAUACAGAAACAUCUUCAUAUACUGGGUGUAAUUGUACGUAGAUAUCCAGAAUGCUUAAAACGAGAGGAAACAAGUCUUCUGCUCAGAAUAUAUCUGAGUCAACUGGAAAUGCAGACACGUCUUGCAAGUGCUGUCAAAUAUCAAAUAAUUGCAGGAUGUUUAAGUGGGCUAACAGAAUUCUUGUAUGUAUUCCCAUUAAAUCCUGAGGAAAAGGAGGGUAAGAAGAUCUAUGAUUGCAUGACUGCAGUGGCUCAGAAACAUGGGGAAAUGAGAGUUGCACCAAGGGCUGCCUUGGGAUUGAUUCAAGCACAUGGAUGUCAGCUGGCCAAAUUUUUAUAUGAUAAGUACAAAUUUUGGCAUGAAUUUCUUCAGACAUGGGUGCAGUCAGCUGGAGAAGAUCACAAAGCUGGUGUUGGAGCUCUUGAUAUGUUCUACAAUCAAAUAGCCUUAAUUCUUAAGGACAACAAAUCAGAAACAGGGCGAAGUGUAUUUUUGUACUUCAUUACUUCCUUCAAGGAGAUGUUAAACAGGGGUACAUCAUCCUAUGACAUAAAGCUUGCCAUAAAAGCUUUUGGCCUAUUUGCUGCUCCUUGUCAUAUUUUUAUGGACUCACAGGAUGUAGUACAAAUGUUCACUGUGGUAAUGCAACGUGCAGAACAAAUAUACUUCAAGGAAGAGGAUGUAAGUAAUAUGGAUCUCCAGAAUCUCCCACAUUACAUUGAAUCUUUGUCGAGUAUAAUAAUGCAGCUGAUGAAUGUGACAAAUGAACGGUUGGUAGCUUUGCAGUACCUCACUGUGCUGCUCAUUGAGAACUUCCCCAAGUUGCCCAAACCUUUUCACUGGCUUGCCAUUCGUGCCAUUAUUGUUACGCUGUGCAAUCUUGCAGAAUGUGGUGGCACUUAUCUCGAUGACUUCCUUUCAAAUAUGGUAUAUCAAGGAGUGAUCCGUUCGUGUAAACACCAAAUUACUAUUGAUGUGGAACUUCAAAAGGGCCAAUUCCAGAGAAAUCCCAUUACAUACAGAGACUAUAUACCACUAUGGAUGGCAUUACUGAGUGUUCAAAAAUUUCAAGGAAAAAGUACUUCACUGGCACAGACACAGUUGAUAGUUAUCAAAGUGUAUGAUGAGCUUAUUAGGACUGUCCUUGCAUUGCUGAAGAAGUUGGACCUAAGCAUCAGGAAAAAAAUAAAUAUAGAAGCUUUAAGUACAUCAGACAGGUCUGGUGAAGAAGACGUUCCAGUCCUUGAUCCAGAGUCUGGACUUCAAGCUAACAAUUGCAAAGAUUUUCAAGUCUUUAUCAACUUGGUGGAUCUGAUGAGAGAUGUGUUGAUAAGUGCUGAUUGUGUGCAGUUUGAGAAAUGGAUUCAGCCUUUCUGUUACCAAGUUAUUUCUGAAUCUUCUCAUAAACCUUUAGUCAGUGGCUUUUAUAAGUUGCUGACUAUGGCUCUGCAGCUUUGUGACAGGCUUCAUUAUUUUGAUGACUGUAAAGAUAUGCAGAGCCAGACCAAUGAACAAAGAGCAUGUUACACACUUUUGUGCAGGUUCCUUCAGGAACUGUUGAUUCGACUACAGCAGUACAAGAAUGAUUUGCAAGUGGCUUGUCUUCAGACUGUGAUAGCUGCUCCAACAGUUUUGAUUGUGCCUCUGCUACCACAUGCAGCGCCAGCUUUUGAGGCAAUAUUCCGAGUGGGUCGAAGUAUGUUACCUCUAGCUCGCCUUGGUAUUUCUGCUUUGGAUAAGUGGUACAGUACAUUACCAUCACAUUUGAUGAAGCCACUUCUUGUGCAGGUUUUGCCCCAUCUUGAUCCAUUCUUACGGAGCAAAGGUAUGGGCAGUGAUGAAGACAUGAUUAUUGAAAUGGAAUUACUGGCUCUUGGAAGAAGAAAUCGAGCCAACGUCAGUAAAAACAGGAAAGUAGUCAGGAAAAAUGCUGAACGUACAGAUUCAGAGCUUUCUCAGCUUCAGCAUGAUAUAAUCAGUUUCCUUGGUCAGUUAGACAGUACCACAUGCUUGGCACUUUUGAAGGAGCCUCAGAAGGAAGAAGACAGUGUCCCAUGGGCUAAAUGUUUGGAGCAGCCGCUUGAAUUUCCUUUGCCUUUCAAGGAUAUGAAGCUAGACAUUAAAUUAGAAAAGUUGGUUCCUCGAGUGGUGGAAUUGGCACUGACAUCAAGUGAUCGCUAUACUCGUUUCACGGCCUGUGAACUGCUGCAUGCUAUCAUCAUGUUCAUGUUGGGCCGUAGCCAGGGAGCCCAAACUUCCGAUAAAUAUUCUGAACUGUUUAAGAAGCUGUCAUUGCCACUGCUGAAGUUGGGAUGUGAUCCAGACCCAGCCAUCCAUAGGUUGUACAACCUCUUGGUUCUACAACUUGUGCACUGGUAUUCCAGCAAAUUCAAACUGAAGAGCAAGGAAACAGAAAUCUUGAUCCAAACACUCAUGGAUGGAAUAACUCAUUCAACUGACACAGCAUUGAGGGAUUUUUCGUCUAGAUGUCUUCAUGAAUUUGUAGUAUGGUCUGUAAAGCAAGAUUCACAUGUGAAUAUUAAGGCCAUAAUGAAGCAAAUUUACUCUUUCUGCCUGCAUCCAUGCCCUUCAAAACGCUUAGGUGCAGCUUUGAUUUUGAAUAGUGUUUACACAGUGUUGCGAGAGAAGGAAUCAGUUGUGAAUGAGUACUGGCUGGAACUGCUGUACCAUAUGGUUGUAAACCUGUCACUUUCUGAAGAAACAGAUUCAAUCCUUGGCAGUCAUGAACAAGUAGUUACAGCAUUAAAUCAUAUUGAAAGAGUACUGAAAGAAAAGGCCUCACUCUUCAAUAAAGAUGAUAAGCGUCGUAGGAAGCCACCAGAGUUUGAGGGAAUUUUGCUGAAAGAUGCUGUGUCGUGGUUGCUAUUGAAGUGUGGUUCAACUCAAGUGGAAUGCAGACAUAAGUGUAUGGAACUGGUGUAUGUACUGGCACAGCUGCUGCCAGAUUGUAGGUCUGGAAGUGAAUUUGUGACUUGGUAUGUCACAUCACACACUUGGAUGUCUUUGCUAAAAGUGUGUGAAGGCAGUGUUGAAAGUGGAGGCAUAGCCGUCACUCCUACUCUGAAGGAUUUUAGAAAUGAAGUAGCUCUUGCCCACGUGGUACGAUGGCUACAUAUGAUUCUUACCAGUCUUGAUUGUUACAUAUGGCUGUUUGGUGAGGGGCUAGUGAGACCUUCUCUACUUCUGAAAACUGAAAGCUUGGGCAAUAUGAGUAAAGCAAGGAUAUUUGAAGCUGCAGCAUACUUCAUAAAGUAUGUGAGUCACCAUGAUGCUAGGCAUGUCACUCGCUUGUUGAGUACCGACACUGAAGUUGAUGACCUUCCAAUUACUCCUUGGGAAGCAGAGAAUUUUGACAGAACUAAGUGCUCUGUCACUGUAAGACUGCUGGACAUGAUAUCAGCCAUUCUGAAAAGUAGUGAACCACACUGUCUGCCCAGUUCUCUGCUGAAUCUACAGCUUUGGCAGCUGAUUAUAGAUUGUGUGAUGCAUCCAUGCAGUCUUGGCUUUGAUUUAUGUACUACAGAAGUUCUGGAUUGUCUUCCAAAGAAUUUAAUAGAACUGUUAAAAGUAUUACAACAGUCACUGCCAUCAUCCAAAACAGCAGAAUUUAAUUCAGAGCUGAGGAAAGCUAUAAGUAGUACACAAACUGAUGUGUUCAGUAAUCUGCAAGAUUCUUUGAGAAAUGAUAAAGUUACCCUUGAACAAAAGCAGCUUCUCCAGGGAUUAGAGAUUCUCCAUAGAUGUGGCAUGCUCAAUCAAAUCAAAAAGGAGCUGCCAAACCAGUGUGGACUUGAUGGUAAACAGAUUGUUAAGGAUUUGUUUUCUGCACUGGCUGAAGGCCAAGGUGAUAUGAAGCGGGCUGUUGUGCUACAACCAACAGCUUUCACUUAUGCAGAAUCUCUUCUCAAGUUUGCAUUCUUACUUAAUAAAGAGGUGUCUGCUGUAGCAUGCUGCAUGAAGGAUCAGGCUAGGAUCCAGAACCCUGCUACUCAUUUACCUGUACUGCAUGGAGAACACUUUUUUGUGACAUUUCGAUCUGCCAUCCUAGAACACAUGUUGGCACAUUCUGAACAUUCUGUAAAUAGUCUUGUACAAGAUAUCAGCCCAGAUAAUGUGCAAUGGGUAAUAACCAUUUUGACAGAACUGUUGCAGUAUUAUGCCAAAAACAUAAAGAAGAAACAUGGAGACAGCACUGUGAUAUGUACAUUGCAGAGGAGUAUAGUGAAUCACUGGAAUAGACUGUGCAGUUUGGUUGAAGGCAAUUCAGAACAAAUCUAUCAGUUGCUGGGUCUUGUAUUUCAUUUGGCAAGAAUGAUACCACAACCAAUUGGAGGGCUUGCUAAGUAUGAGGCCCUUCAGAAGUGGGUUAUAACGCAACUCUCUUCAUCCCAUUUGCAGCUUCACUACAAGUGCAGAGCACUGGAUCUGUUAGCAUGCCUUACUGGACCCCAAGAUGUUGAUAAUGAGCAGCUCAGAACUGCAUUGCUAAAAUUGAGAGAACAGCAUUUUCCUCAGCUGUCAACUGAGCUCCAUUCAGGAACUCUGGAGUAUUCCAGUUUUGUGCAUGCAUUCCGUAAGAUCUUACAAGGCCUGGAAGGUUCUGGAAGUUGUGUGUUAUUGCUUAGUGUGGUAGCCAUGUCAGCAAGUGAGUCACAACAUGUGUGUGAAGACAGAAUACAGCAAAGUUUGCAGACAUUCAUAAAAAGAUUGGAAGAUGAUGAACAUCAAGUGAAAGCAAUAGAAGCUGUUUUUAUAGUAUUUUUGGAUGAUAAGUAUGAUCCAAGUGUCCGUUUGGGCUGUGCCCGAAGAUUUGUUCGACCUCUCUUACAAGGCUGCAACAGAAAUGCUGCACGUGAAUUCUACAGGCGUUACAUAAAAGACCUACAGAAUAUGCUUCAAGUUAAGAUAGACAUUCAUGGUCAAAUGCAAGCAGAGCAUAAAUUGGUUGGAAGAAUAGGUGCCUGGAAUAUACUUGAACCACUGUUUGUGCAGCUGGAAACGAGUGAAUUAGAGAGCAAGGAAUGUGUUGUUACAGCAGCAGCAUUUCCUCAUGCUGUUAAAACUGGGAAGGAACUCAUUUCAGAUCUCACAUCCAGAGCUUUGAAGUACCGCAGUGAAACGUUAUCUGAUAAUCUGACUGGAGCCACACAUUUGGUUGAGUUAUUUCGACAAUCUCAGUGUGCUGCAUUUAAUGCUCUGGUUGCCAUAAUCAGUAAUGUCAAGCGAGAACUCAAGUUUUAUGCUGGUUUAUUGUUUGUUGGGCACAAAGAGGUGCUGUGGGAGAAACUGGUGGACUGUAGGAAGGAAUACUUCCUAGUGCUAGAUUGGGAAGAGAUUCCAACACGCAGGAAACAGCUAGUGAGCAUUCGUUGUCAGGCCCGUGCUCACAGAAAAGAAAUCUCAAGUUUUGCUUCAGAAUCAGUCCAUUAUAUCCCAAGUGCUUCACAAUGCCUGUUUGACAGUACACUUAAUGAAGACGUGACAUUGUUUGACUUCAGCACGUCUGUGGUUCGCAACGAGACCAUAGCAAGUCAUGAUGGAAAGGCAUUGGAAGAGCAACCAUGUUCAGAUAGCACUGAAGUGAGUUUGGAGACAGAUGACCUGAACAGACAUGAAUGCAUGGCUAUUCUGUGUGGUGUGAUCAAACACAUGGUGGAUCAGGGAAUCUCUCCAGCACCUGGUGCAGAAACUAAGGAUGCAGUACUACCAUCAUGGAUGGAGAGCGUGCGGAAAUGCCUAGCUGAUUCCAGUCGACAUCGCAAUGUCAGACUCUUUUUAUUGAAACUUGUCCUGAAUGUGGAAUCUAAAUUCCGUCCAUAUGCACAUCAUUGGGUGAAUUGUCUGUUAAAGGUAGUAGUUGAUGGUGUUGCAGGCAGGACUCCUAAUUACCUGCUAUCAGAUACUGUGGCACUCUUGGUGGAUUGGUGUAGCAAAAUAACAUCUCUACCUGCCGCAGCUGAGCGUCAUCAAGUAAGCCAGUUACUGGAUUUGCUGAUAAGAAAUGUACAUCAUGAUCGCAGGGAUGUGUUCAAACACAACUUGGAACUUAUCCGCACUGUAGUUGAAUUGUGGAAACCAAAUUUUGACAUACCUCAUCAGGUGCUGUAUGACAUGAUUAUGAUAAAAGACAGAAAGGAUUCUACAGCUUCUGAACCAGGGAUUCAGGUAUCAGCCAUUAUUUUGGCUAAUCAUUUGGAACCAUGGAGCAGCACAGGCAAACUGCAAUUCCUAACAGCAGUAUUAAGAAAUCUAGACAGUGAUAAGCGAAGUGUCUACCAGUCAAGUGCUGAAGUGUCAGGCAUGGCACUUGGACUGUUGGAUUCCAAUGGAAAUGGAAUGCUAGAAGGUGAUGAUUCUGAGAUCCACUCAAGACUCACUGACAAGUUGCGUUUUAUCAAAGAUAAAUCAAAGGACAAGUUUCUUGUAUGCUUGUUUGCUGUCCAGGAACACUAUCCACGCAUAGUAGACAUGUUCAUGAAACAUGUAUUGUUUCAUUUACCGAGGACGUAUGGUGAAUUUAGAGUAAUGUGUUUGAAGAUAGCGUACUCAAGACUGGAAAUUCUUGGUGAUGAAAUAUAUGCAGAAAUGAAGAGUAAAGAUUUGUUGAAAACAUUAAAUGAUCGAGAUCCUGACCAGCAGAACCUCGCUCUCCAGAUGGUGCAUAAAAUGGUACAUAAGUUGAAACCUGACCAGUUGAAGGAACUUAUACAAGAGGUUUGCAAGUCUGAAAUACGUCGAAAUGUCGAGUGUCGGAAAGUGAUGUAUGAAAUUCUGAAGUGGAUUUAUGAUCACUGUCAAGAUGUUGGUGGUAAACUUAUAGAAGAAACAAAGUCAACACUGCUUAAAGGAUUGACAGACGAUGAUCCACACCUUAGAGACGACAUUUUCAAGUACUGGAACAAUGAUGCACAGCAGAGAGAAGCAGCUACUUCUGUUCGGCUACUUUUCAUCUUAACUGAUCUCUACUGUCCGUCUACAGAACAUCAGUUCCUUGGUUAUUCAACACAGUUUCUAUUAGAAGCUACAGUUGGGACACCUGACUACAAUCGAAAGAUGUUCAGUGAGCCCUUGCAGAAAUGCCAGUUUGAAGAUUUUAGGAUGCUUUUGUCUUGGCGUGCCCAGCAUGCUAUGAUUGCACCGAUGUUCGCAGAUACUCUGGCAAGUCAGCUGAUUCAGUCUCAGUCUCUAAGCAGUACUGGAGAGUCGACUGGAGCAGAACCCCUCUUAAGAGCAACACAAGCAAGUUUGGCUUUCCAGCCUACUCUAGAGCAAGGUGGAAGCAGUAUUGGUAGUUUGCCAUCAUUUAGCAAGAAUUCUAGCUUGCUCUUCACUACCAGCAGUUCUGGUGAGAAACAGAGAAAGUCAUACAAAAUGGGUCCAGGUUUUGGAAGUCACAAGUUAAAACUAGAACCUGAGGUGUCAGAUGAAGUGGAUAGUAACGUGGAUCAUUUCACCCCAAAUUUGCGGCGGAGGUUUCUGCGCCAUGACUAUCAAAAGCGGAUCUUUCAUGCUAGUCAGGAAGUUCAGCGCUCAGCUAGGCGACAAGAGUUAGAACAAGAACGAGGUCGCCGGCAUGAAGCUAACAUAGCAUCUUUUCGUAAAUAUCGCUCUGGGGACUUUCCAGAUAUUGAGAUACCCUAUUGUGCAGUUAUCAGACCCAUGCAAGAACUUGCUAAGCGGGAUACAACAAUUGCUCGCCAACUAUUUGUGUUGCUGUUCGAGGGCUUAUUGGAAGAACUGCAUGAUGAGAAGAAUGUGUACACAAAAAAGGUCCAAGAAGCAAUGAGCAGUAUUCUCAGCACUACAAAGGAUUACACAGCCAUGGUUAUGGGAACUGUGAUGGAAAUUGCUCUACAUCACGGCAAAUAUAUUGUACUGCAACCAGAGGACAUUGCUACAGCAUCACAGGCUAGUGGAUUAUUGGCUAUGGGCUGUCUGUUGCUGGAGGAGAACUUAAUACUCAGGGAUGCGAUUAGUGAAGAUGGCCCUUCAAAGCGUUCCAAAACACUUGAACCAUCCACUGAACAAAAUUACUGGUUGAUACUGGCUGACCUGUACAAAAAUAUGGAUGAAUGGGAUGUUGUCCGAGGAAUAUUUCAAAAACACCUCAACUAUGACGAGAAUAUCCACAGGGCAUUACAGUGGGAAAUAUCAGGUAACUGGUAUAAUGCCAGAAAGGAAUAUGAAGCUGCACUCUCUUCAAUGGAUGGUGACAAUAUUUUGACAGAUUACUACAUUGAAGCAAUGUAUAAGUGCCUUGCUCAUCUGACAGAUUGGGAAAACCUGAACAAGCAAGUGAGAUACCAAAUUGAGGACAACUUUGAUAAGUUAUGGGAGGAUGAUUGGUUAAAGGAACAAUUGCUUCCAAAACUACUUUUGUCUGAGGUUCAAUUGAUGUUAGACAAAGGUGUUGAAGGCAUAAGGGAACAACAGUUCCUUCAACAGGUUGAUGGAUGGUUGAAAGACAAAGAUAGGUUCAGUUAUCUUUCAAGGCAGUAUUGUGAGGAGCUGGCUGCAAUAUUUCUAAUCCAGGAUAAUGUAGCCCGAGCUCAACACCAAGUAGAAUGUAGUUUGACAGCUUUCUUGAACAGCUGGUCAGAACUGAACCCUCUGUCACACAAGUUGCGUACAAAGCAGCUUUUGGAUGUGCAGAAAACUGCAGAGUUACAGGCCUGUCUUGCAUUUGCCACAGGUGGUGAACACUCAAAGCGUGAGUUGCUGGCAAAAGAUCUUGUACGAAGGUGGAGCAAGAACAUUCCUAGUGUUUUUGAUUCUUUGCUAUGCUGGGAUAUUAAAGCAAUGUACAGGAAGAAGUUCACCGGUCAAAUUGAUCAGAUCCUGGAGAAUGGUGAUGCAUCAAAUGCUCUGAACAGUAUGAAUCUAGCCAUGGUAGAUUCAGCAUUGUACCAGGAAAACUUCAACGUUGCAAAUAAGUACUUGUUACAAAGCAAAGAGAAGGUGUCCAGAAGUGGUACUGACUUGGGUCUCCGGUGGAAUUUGGCAAACAGCAAGGCACUCUGGCUUAAAGGACAGUGUAUGAACACACCUGAUAAGAAGCUAAAGUCAGGAUUAUUUUCCUGGAACGUGAUAGAUCCACUUGUAGAAGAUCAGAGACUUGAACAAUAUCCUAUGUUGCAUGUGGACAUUCUGCAGCAUGUUUCUGUACUGGCAACAGGGAUAUUACAGCUACUUGAACAGCAACCGAGUGUUCUGGCGCAUCUUCCAGCAGAUGAUGUAAAAAAACUAGCUGACAGAAUUAGAGCACCAGACUGCAGCGAAGAUCAACUCAAGCAUCACCUGAAGCAGCAUGGUCUGGGAAGUCUGAAGAGGUCUGCUGAGUUGGUUACUCCUACAUGCAGCUCAGAGCAAGCUGUUGCCAAGGCUUACCUUCAAGUUGCCGAGUAUUGUCGGGCUCACUCUGAUAUAUCACUAGAGGAAGAUAAUUUUGGCACUGACAUAGUGGUAUCCAUCUUGAGAGCAAUGCGGUAUGGGUCAAAAGAUGCACGCCAAUUGUUCCCAUGUCUCUUACGGUUGCAUGGACUUCAUACUCAUUUGUCUGAACUGUUUCACAAAGAGAGCACUGAAGUUCCAGUAUGGAUGUUCCUUGGCUGGGUGAACCAGUUGCUAUCUUGUCUCGACACUGCCGUAGGCCCAGUACUCCACAGCUUGGUUCUGCGUCUAGCUGAGACAUAUCCUCAGGCCCUUAUCUACGCUUUUAAACUGAGUGUGAAAAAUUACAAUCUUGGCAGUGGCCAUGAAACCCUGAAGGCCCUUGCUGAUCGGUUAGCUAGUCUACUGUUCGCUGAUCCAAUGUUUGACACCUUCCUCAGAGCAUUCUCAUGUCUUGGUCAGCCAUGUAAAAUGCUCUUCUAUUUUGUGGAUAAACUUGAAAAACUCUUAAAUGCUGAAACUCCAAACUGUGACCACCUCUGUCACACAUAUGAUACAAUGAUGAAGGAGUUGUUCCCGUGUUCUGAUGAGAAUAUACACGGCGCUGUAUUUCAACAAGUAAAGGAGUACAAAAUAAUGUUAGAAAAAGCAGGGUCAAGGAUCAAGGGUGGUGAUAAGAGAGGUAUUAAAGAUUUGGGUAAGAUCAAGAAACGACUAGGAUCUGUGAUCCAAAAUCUUAAACCUCCCACCCAACUAAAGGACUACAGUCCCUGGCUCAGUGAAUUUCAGGCUGGCAAACAUAGUUCUUUGGAACUGGAGAUACCUGGCCAGUACACGGGAGAAAGCAAGCCACUUAUCCAACACCACAUUAAGAUUGCUGGCUUUAAGCAAACUGUUGAACAUCAGAACUCAAAGACAUUGCCUCUGCGGGUUACAAUUUUUGGUAAUGAUGCCAAGGAACAUCAGUAUUUGGUCAAGUUUGGAGAGGAUCUCCGUCAAGAUCAGAGACUUGAGCAAUUAUUCAUCCUAAUGAAUAAAAUACUACACCAAGAUCCUGCUUGCAGGCAAAGAAGCUUGUCAAUAGCAACUUACCAGGUGGUUCCUCUUACCACUCAUCUUGGAAUUAUACAGUGGGUGGAUGGCACUAAAGGUCUCAAAGAUCUUAUGCUGGGUGUUCUCGACCAAAGUGAGAUGAAAAUGUACAAAAUGUCCCAUGUUGAAUACAUGAGAUGGAUAUCUGAGGCAGCAAGGGCUCAGAAGGGUGAUUAUAAGGAACAGUACGGUGGGGCACACAUGAAAUACUCUCGAGAUGAAACUAAUGUUCACUUCAGAAAGAUGGUGAAUAUGGUACCCUGGGACAUCAUGAGACACGCACUUCAGAAUUUGAGUACAUCUCCAGAAUUGUACUUCACUCUUCGUCAAAACUUUGCAUGCAGCCACGCAGUACUGUGCAUAGCUCAUUGGUUACUGGGAAUUGGUGAUCGCCACUUGAGCAACACUUUGGUGUCGAUGAAAGAUGGACAGUGUGUGGGAAUUGAUUUCGGUUAUGCAUUCGGGACAGCAACACAGUUCCUUCCUGUACCUGAACUAAUGCCUUUCAGACUUACACCACAUAUAGUCAACUUGCUUCAGCCACAGGAUGAAACAGGAUUGUUUCGUGAGACUAUGGUUCACUGUUUGCGUGCUCUACGGAACAACUGCCACAUGCUACUGGCUACAAUGGAGGUAUUUGUACAAGAGCCAUCAAUUGAUUGGUUGGAAUUUGCCAGUAAACAUGAAAGUCUAAAUAAGGACACACAUGAAGAGUCACAAACAUGGUAUCCUCAACAGAAAUUAGACUUGGCUAAAGAGAAGCUGGAGGGGGCAAACCCAGUGGCCAUUACCACUGAAGAAUUAAAAGCUGGCUUUAACAAAUCCGAAUACCUUGAGAAGUUCCUGGAAUGUGUAAAAGGCCACAAUAGUGUGAGAGCUAAAAUGCCAUCACAUAAUUUAUCACCGGAGGAGCAGGUCGACUGUCUGUUGGAUCAAGCUACAGAUCCCAAUGUCCUGGGUAAAACCUGGGUUGGGUGGGAAUCUUGGAUGUGAACUGUGGUCUUCAUCGGAAUUGCUGAUAUAAAAUAUGAACUGUGUUGAGAAAUGAAUGCUAUUAGAAUAGCUGAACUAUGCCUUUGUUGCCACUGUUAAUAUCAAGAGCACUAGGGCACUAGUAAUUUUAUUGUUUAUGAGCUACAAGUGAACUUAAAAUGUAGCAUUUAAAUUGAUUAUGCUUUAAUUGUAUUAUAUCUCCUGUUGAAUGAAAUGCCAUGUAAAGCUGAUGGGGAAAGAAAGAGCACAAUAGGGCACAACAUAUAGCUACUUAUUUUUGUAAAUGGCUCAUGUGCUUUUCUUGUCUACCUAUUUUACAUAUGUUUACUAUUGUACUGCUCAUCAAAAAACUGAUUUUCUUCCAUAUUUUAUUAUAAAAGUAUCAAGUACCAUAAAACAUGAAAAGAUUUUUUUCUCCAUGGUUUCUGGAUUCUCUCUUACACCAAUUAUUUGAAAGCAUGUAUUGUGAUAAAACACAUGGAAAUUUUUUUGUGCGAAUAAACUGUCUACAUACAUUUGA